UUAGAUAAUGGAAAGGAAUAAACGUAUCGGCAAAAGCAGAAUUUUACCGCGCGAUGCGCAGAACCAUCACUGGAUGGAAUCGUCGGAGACAGUACCGUUAUAUCAAACUCGUGCUAACCUAAGCAACGAGGGAACGUGCGUGGAAUUUGGAAAACCACCUUGAUCGCGCAAAAUCUUGAUCAAGCACGGCCAAGCGAAGCGAGAUUGUCCUGAAACUCCCGGAAAAGUGUUCCGGAAGAGCGUCUCGUAAGGAACUCUGGAGAGAAAGUCGACUAGUCACGACCUCGUGGAGAUCCAGCUGUCAAGCGGCACUGACGUGGGCGGCGGGAGACAGAGAUUCGACAUUCUCUUUCUCUCCGGAUUUGUUACGUGGAUCUCGGGUGAUGGAAGUUCGGCGCAGACGAGCGAGACCACAGGAUAGCAAGCACGACGCCGACGCAACGGAUCAGUCAAGGACGGUUCAGAGGGAUGAGGCGAAUGGACAGACAAAUUCGAAUACUACUUUGAUAGAAAGUAAUAAAGCAAAUUCAUCAUAUUCUAUCGAGUCAAAACAACCUCUAUCAAGCAAUGUGGUGCAUGCUCGAAUUAGAAUCAGCUUGGAGAUUGACCUGAUAGCGGUGAUUUUACUAAUUUCCGGUAUUUGCACUCGUCUUUAUUGUCUUGAGGAACCGCGUAGUAUAGUGUAAGUGUAUACGCAUUUUUGGCAAAUAAUAUAACGCUGAUAAAGGAGAAAUUAAUAAUUGAUAGUCAUUACGAUGAUAUAGAG